AUGACGAUGAGUAUCACAGAAGUCUUUGGUGAAUUCAGGUGUGGUAAGACACAGAUGUCUCAUACCUUAUGUGUCACAACACAGCUUCCGAGAGAAAUGGGAGGCGGUGAAGGUAAAGUGGCAUAUAUUGAUACCGAGGGUACUUUCAGGCCAGAGAGAAUCAAACAAAUUGCAGAAGGUUACGAACUCGAUCCUGAAUCAUGUUUGGCAAACGUCUCCUAUGCUAGAGCCUUGAAUAGUGAACAUCAAAUGGAACUUGUAGAACAGUUGGGUGAAGAACUCAGUUCCGGAGACUAUCGUCUAAUUGUGGUGGAUUCUAUAAUGGCAAAUUUUAGAGUGGAUUAUUGUGGUAGAGGUGAACUAAGUGAAAGACAGCAGAAGUUGAAUCAACAUCUUUUCAAAUUAAAUAGAUUGGCAGAGGAAUUCAAUGUCGCUGUAUUUUUAACGAAUCAAGUUCAAUCAGACCCCGGAGCUUCUGCAUUAUUUGCGUCUGCAGAUGGUAGGAAACCCAUUGGAGGGCACGUCUUGGCACACGCUUCAGCAACAAGAAUUCUAUUGAGAAAAGGUCGUGGGGACGAAAGAGUUGCCAAAUUGCAAGACUCUCCAGAUAUGCCCGAAAAAGAGUGCGUUUAUGUAAUUGGUGAAAAGGGUAUUACAGAUUCAAGUGAUUAG